ACCACAGCAACAACAACCACCACCACCACCACCAACAAUAUUGUCAACAACAACACCACAACCACGUCGAGCACGUCAUCCACACUCGCCUCCCUCGUGGCGCCCACUUCGGUGGGUCUUUCUCAAGGUUGUUAUUGCAAUAUUGCUUCUUUCGACGGUUUUCUCGGUCCACUCGGUCUGCCCACCGGCCUGAUCGGAUCAGAGCAGCACACACUUCACGCCUACCAACCGAUCGUGGCGCGAUCGGCACCACCGGCGCGGCUGACAAAAUCCCAUCCACCGGCUCACGACUGCCCUGAUCCAGCUCUCUCCGUCUCGUACUCACCUCAACUUGGUCUCUUCUCGCUUCCGCCGCAUCCGCCUCAUCCACCUCAUCCACCUCAUCCACCUCAUCCACCUCAUCCACUUCAUCCAUCUCAUCCACCUCGAAUGCGUCUUCCAGAGCCGCCCUCCGCUUUCCACAGACCCACGAGCCCGGUCAACAUGAGCGUUGCCCUGCCUCUGCCGACCAAUCAUCUCACGACGUCCAGCGACGUCUGCUACGUCGUCCAGAGGGAGGACGAGCAGGCGGACGACGAGUACGAAGAGGACGAGGAAGAGGAGGACGAAGAUGAAAACGAAGAUGAAGAGGACGACGAAGAGGAGGAUGAAGAAGAAGAAGAAGAAGAAGAAGACGAAGAAGCAGCGCUCGUGGCAGCUCACGCUCAACGGUCACCAUGGCAACCGUUUUUGACCGGCCAAGCCCAACACAGGCUGACCGAGAUGUUGCCGCCGGGGCAGAAUAGGAGUGGACUGUUCGCCUCGACUCGCAUGUUGUCGCACGAGCUGACAAACGAGGCCGGUAUCCUCUUGAAUUCCACGUCGAUUGGCAAACUGGUACAGCCGACGCAGAUGGACGUCGUCUCGACCCUCGAGGGUGGCGAGUGCUUGAGCCGAAAAGCCGUGGUACAACCGUAUCGGCUGGUUGGGCGGGCGGGUGACGAUGACGACGACGACGACGACGAGGAUGAAGGAGAAGAAGAAGAAGAAGAAGAAGAAGAUGAUGAUGAUGAUGAUGUUGAUGAUGAUGAUGAUGACGAUGAAGAAGAAGAAGAAAAUGAAUUCGUUCUGGGCAAUGUACAGAGUGGGAUGGAACUGGGACGAAAGUCGUCUCGACGCGUGGGCCACGGCAACAGCGUCGUCGUCCGAGCGGGCAGAAGCCAUUCGUCCCUCGGCCCGGCCAACCGAGUCGAGUCCGAGUCGGUGUCUGAGUCCGAGUCCCGGCUCGUCGGUCUCGCCAAGCCCGAGCAGCCACGAGCCGUUCGAGCCUCGCGGCAGACUCGAGCACGCGCGCCCGACGGCCCGAUCCACCGUGUCUCCACGCCCGGCAACAAGACCUACCGGCCGGAGCAACCGGAAAUGAUAGAUCCCCUCAAUGCCGUUGCUAGGACGAGAGGAGUCGACAAAAGCGCCGAGUUCACCAAUCUUUUUGCCCCACUCGUCGACAGGUCGAACCCGUCGACAUAUCCGCCCCCACAGCCACCCAACGCCCACACAGACGCUGUCUUCUUCCCCACCUCGCCCCACCUUUUCCCCCAACACACCCCCUACUACUACUAUCAUCAUCAUCAUCAUCAUCAUCAUCAUCAACAGCAGCAGCAACAACAACAAAUAGAACAGCAACACCUGCAAACCUAUCUUCCCGUGCUUGGUCCCACCGACCAGACCAGCCUCGAGGCAUCCCAGGCAGCCUGGCAAGAGGGCGCCAGACAAAUCGGAGACAGUAGCAUCCGUUGUCAUGGCGACUAUCAGACGAGGCCUAUAGAACUGGAAUCCCGGCUGCACUCGCAACAGGUUGGGCUGACGGGUUAUGCCGGCCAGGAAGUGGUACCUGCUGCCGGGCCGGUCUACCCAAACUACGGUCUAGGAGGCCAGGAAGGAGAGGACGAGGAGGAGGACGACGAAGAAGAAGAAGAAGAAGAGGAGGAAGAAGAAGAAGAAGAAGAAGAAGAAGAAGAAGAAGAAGAAGAA